AUGGGGCCUCUGCGGGAGAGCGGCAAGCAGGAGCAGAAGGCGCAGCUGGAGAAGGAGGUGUCCCGUAGCCGCAUCCCCCGCCUGGUCCUCCGGCCGCAGCAGAAGGUAUCCCCCGCUUCCGAGUCGCCCUUUUCGGAAGAGGAGAGCCGGGAAUUCAACCCGCCCAGUUCCUCCGGGGGCUCCGGCAGGACCGUCAGCAGCAACAGCUUCUGCUCAGAUGACACUGGCUGUCCUAGUAGCCAGUCAGUAUCUCCAGUUAAGACUCCUUCUGAUGCUGGAAACAGUCCAAUCAGUUUUUGCACUGGUAGCGAUGGAGACUUCUCCAGGAAGAAAUUCAGUCCAGGGACAAUGAGCGAAGGGAACCCACAGCUGGCUCGAUACAAGAAGGAGACAAAGACAAGCCUUGUAAAGCCCGGGAGUGAAGCCGAUUUUAGCUCUUCAAGCAGCACAGGCAGUAUUUCAGCACCUGAAGUCCAUAUGUCUGCUGCUGGAAGCAAAAGAUCUUCUUUUUCUCGCAAUCGUGGCCCUUAUGGUCGGAAUAAUGGAUCCUUAUCCUACAAGUCUGGAGCCAGCCCACCUGCUUGCCGUGAAAAGGACCCUUUGUCAAUACUGUGCAAAAACCAGCUGAGUCCUGCUAACAUCCAUCAGAGUUACAGGGCUUCUUCAGCCAGCAGCAGCAACUCAGGCUCAUACAAAGGAAGCGACAGCAGCCCAGUGAUGAGGCGAUCAGGGAGAUACAAUUCUUGUGGUGACAAUCACAGCAUUAAGCCACAAAAUCCAGAGCAGUAUUUGACUCCUCUGCAGCAGAAAGAAGUUACGGUACGGCAUUUGAAAACAAAGCUGAAGGAAUCUGAGAGCAAACUUAAAGAAAGGGAAACAGAAAUAGAAGAGCUCAAAGCUCAGCUGGGACGAAUGAGGGAAGACUGGAUUGAAGAAGAGUGUAAUCGUGUGGAGGCAGAGCUGGCCUUAAAGGAAGCAAGAAGCGAAAUUAAACAACUCAAGCAGGUCAUUGAAACCAUGAAAAACAGCUUGGCUGAGAAAGACAAAAAAAUUCAGAAAUACUUCAUAGACAUAAACAUUCAAAACAAGAAACUGGAAUCUUUGCUGCAGAGCAUGGAGAUGGCUCAGAACAGCUCUGUGAGGGAUGAGCAGCGCCUGGAGUACACGUGUGGCUCAGAGGGGAAGCCGUUAGCGUUGUGUGCCACGAUGCCAGACAGCCUCAUCACAGAGGACCAAGCUCUGGAGGAGGUGGCAGAUAGUGGUCUGCUUCUUAAUGAGGACACAGCUAAUGGGUCUGAUUCAUCUGAAGAGAGUUUGACCACCACAGCCUCUGAGUUGAGUGAUCCAGCUCCCUCCAGUUCUGCUGUGAAUAAAGAGAUGCUUGAAAAUAUUCUGGAUGAAAAACUAACUUCUUCCCAGGAGGACAAAAGCAGCAACAUGAUGGUGGAACAGGCCGUCCAGACUGACAUAGUGCCAUACAGCCUAGAUGUGGAGCAGCUCAUUCAAAACAUCUUCAGAGCUCAAGAUGCCUAUCCUCUAAGCCCACCUUCUUCACUGAAGGAAUUGGGUGAAUUUUCUCUUGGAAGCUUUAGUGAUUCUGGUAUCAUAGUGGACUUAACUCCGAGCGAUCCAAACUCUGCCAUUCUUUUGUCUCCUAUGGAGUCUCCAUGCAGAAAGGUGGAGCACGGAGUUAAUGAAAACCGUUUCAUGAAAGAACUUGAUUUUACAGAACCUCAUGAUGAUGAAGCCUUUGGGUAUGUCAAUACUUUCACUCAGACAGGAAUAAAGAGGAAAUACUGGAGCAGCAGUCUCCUCAGAGAUGUUUUGGCUGUAGCAGCUCCUGUUGUGCCAACUAUCAUGUGGGCUUUCAGUACUCAGAGAGGAGGAACAGAUCCCAUUUAUAAUAUCGGAGCAUUGCUUCGUGGUUGCUGCCUGGUAGCCCUACACUCUUUACGCCGUACAUCCUUCAAUAUCAAAACCUAAAGUCCACUCUGUCCCUGGGCACCAACUGGCUGAGGCAGAGAGAAAGAGGGAUGAGACAGAUUGUAAAAAGUUAUUGUAUAUUCUGGCAGAGUCCAUCAUUUUGCUGUUGACUAUUUGAUUUGCACUAUAAAUUGGUUUGAAAACAUGUUCCUUGUUUCAAAAUAAAAAAGCUGAACCCUGUAGUUCCACAAGAUGUUUUUAACUGGUGUUUUUAACAGUACUGCUGCCUACAGAAAUAGUCCUCCUGCUCCCAGGCACUGUGUCCCUCCCCUGUGCUGGUGUCUUUCUGGUGCCAGCACAUCUGCACAGUGAGCAUGACCAGGAAAAUCAAGGAGAAUUACAGCUAGCGCUCUUUCGUGUU